UCGUCAUGGAAACGGGUCCCACGCGCUCCCUGCGGUGGCCGGGCUGAGGCCCGAGAGGCCAGAGCAGAGCCAGGUCUGCGGGGAUGGGGGGGGCCUGGGGCGGUGAGAGGAACUGAGGCGGCUGAGGUCACAUGCGUCUUCCAGAGCUCUAGUUGUUGGCAAAUACACCGAAAAGGAAAACCGAAGGAAGCCAGGACUAGAAGUCUAUGCAUUUUCCUCUCUGGCACCUGGACAUGCACAUACAGUGGAUCUUUUUCUGAAAAUCAUCAACUUUUCCUGGUUGGGAUGGGGAGAAGAGAAGGAAGAAAGAAAUCUGCUUCCCUCAGCCUCAUUUGCUGCACUCUGGGAUAAGAUGUCUGGGCCCAUCUAGCUAACCUGAAGACGGAUGUUCCCUCUGUUCCUGACAUCUUCCCCAUUGGUCCUUUUGCUCCUGAGACUUCGGGCACUGUGCUAAACCCUCAAGAUUACAAUCUAAUUGGGAAAGACAACAAAGAAAAGGAAGCUGAAAAGCUGGAAGGUGAUGAGAGGGUACCUGAAGGUACACAGCAUGGCGCAUGACAUGGAUGCCCAGGGGUAACUCAGCUGCAUAUGGACCCUUCUUGGGAGAGAGGCUGCCACGGUCCUCAGACAGGAGCAGGCAGUGUGCAUGUGACUGAGCUGAGCUGGCACGGCCUCCAGAACCCCAGACCCCUGAUCAAGGAUGAUGGCGUUGCCAAAGUGCUGCUGGAGGAAUUCCUGUCUCCCUCCAAACUACAGGCUCUGGCUCAAGUGGAGGACCUACGGCAAGUGACAGUGCUCGAGAUGUGUGUGGACACGCGGGAGAACAGUCUGGGAAACUUUGGUGCCCAUCUGCCCAAUCUGAGCCAAUUGAAACUGAACAACAGCCUGCUGGCCUCCAUCAGGGACCUGGGCAGCUCCCUGUCUCACCUUCAGAUUCUGUGGAUGGUUCGCUGCGGGCUGGCAGACUUGGACGGAAUCUCUUCCCUUCGUUCUCUGAAGGAACUCUACAUGUCCUACAACAACAUUUCUGACCUGAGCCAGAUCUGUCUGCUGGAGCACUUAGAGGUUCUGGACCUGGAGGGCAACAACAUUGAGAACAUCGAGCAGGUUCAGUACCUGAGUCUCUGCAAGAAGCUCAACAUGCUCACUCUGGAGGGGAAUCUGAUCUGCCUGCGGCCAAACCCGGAAGCGGCCCAGGCCCCAGACUAUAACUACCGGGCCGAGGUGAAAAAGCUCAUUCCCCACCUCCAGUUCUUGGACGACGUACCGGCCGCCCAGACUUCCCCACAGGCCGCCCGGGAGAUCAGCGAGGACUGGCUCAUUGUGAAGGAGUCCAUCAAGGAGUCCAGUGCAGACUGCUCAUGGUUCAGCUCAUUCAGCCCUCGGCCCGCGCCCGGCCUCUCGAGGCAAAGACUCAGCCCCAGUCUGAGGCUGUCCCCGAACCUCUUCUCCCCGUCCCCACGACCGUGGCCGCUCCCUCUGGACCGGCUGCCCUGGACGAUCCCCCUCUCGUCCCCAGGGAGCCCUCUCCCAGAAGGCUUAUUCCCCGAGGAGCUGAGCCCUGACUCCAGCGACUCCAGUGACCUGACGCACGGGGUCAGCCGCGUCCUCUGCGGAAACCCCAUCAAAGGUCUUCAGGAGCGCCGGCAGAAGCGGCACGACCACAGCGGGCGCACAACGCCCCAGCCCCCAGCCCCGGGCUCCGUCUGCACCCAGGGACCCGACGACCUCUCGGGCGGGGAGGAAGAAGGUUUGGGCUGGCCCCAAGGUCUCUGGGCAGAGUACAGGUCUUGGAAGGAAGAACAGCAGCAACAAUUAAACAUGCUGCUUGUGGGGAGAAGCUCCCUGGGGUGUCCCCAAGAGGAAGAGGAGAACACCUCGGUCCCGGAGGACCAGGAGGGAGAGGAGAAGGCUUGGGGCCCCCUAAGCCCUGUUCCAGAUCCUUCUCAGGUCCCGGGCGGCAGUGGAUGGGCGGUGGGGCCCGGCUCCCCCCUCCCCCCUUCUUCCCUCAGGCAGCCGUCGCCUCCCCCGCUGCCCAGCCCCAGCAGCUGCCCGAGGUCCGAGUUCCGGGGCAGGCGGCUGUGCCCAAACCUCGCCAUCAGCCCGCUGCCCAGCCCGGAGGCAGGGGCCCACCUGGGGGAGAGGCUGAGCCCCUUCAGGCGUCUCACGGCCCUGAGAAGCCCGGGGCCCCAGGGCCAGCCGGAGCAUCGCGGGACCAGGCCGGCCGGAGGAGCGGAAGCCUCGGAACCCAAGCACAGCCCGAGGGGCCUCCGGCCCGCCCUGGGGGCCCGCCGUUCCCCACCCCCGCAGCAGCCACCGCCCCCCCUGGAGCCGGCCUUCUGCCCCCUCAGACUUCCGAGCGCGCCCAAGGGAGCGAGCUGCAGGCAGCCCCUCGCCGUCCGCUGCCCCAAGGCCCCGGAGAAGACGCUCCUGCCGGCCCGGCAGCUGGCCGGCACCCCCAGCACCCUCCACCGGCUGCCCAGCCUGGGGCCCGCCGCCACCCCUCCCCCGACACCCCCAGCACCUCCCGCCAGGAGCGCCAAGUCCUAACCCUGUGGCUCCCUUGGGCGGCGCUCGGUCCCUGGCCCCGGACUGGACACUUGGGCUGACCCCGGUGACCCAGCGCAGAGAGGGCCCCUCAGACCGCUGCCCCGGUGCCCUCGAGUCCUGUCAGUGACUGCGGAGGGAGCAGCCGGGAUGAGCGCCUGCUAGUGGCCCUGUCGGGGUCGGGCGUCCCCGCUGCACCCAGGAAUCCUGAGAUAAGGAAGGAGGGGUCACGUGGGGGGGCAACCGCAGCCUCGUGGGGGGCCCGGACCCUAAUUCUGGGGGCUUGCUUAGAGACCCCCCAGAUACUAGGGCAGAAUCUCCUUUCUCAAUCAUUCUCUACUCUGGGUUGGACAGAAAUGUAACGUGCUUUAUUUUCACUUAAUACUGGUUAAUAAAUUAUGCAGCCAGUGUCUCCCUUUGGCUCCUGGCCGCCUCCCCGCCCCCCC